AUGGUUGACAUCCCGUCCUGCCCUCCGUCCCCCUGUCACCGCGUUGCGGCCGCCAUGCGCGAGGUCCUGCCUUCCCCUGGCGACGUCUCGCCCCCCCCCCUCCCAGAUGACGACCAGCCUCAAUCGUCCCUGUUCUUCUAUGAUGACAUCUUCAUCCCCUACAUUCCAUUCCACGAAAUUCCAUUCGACAUUGACCCCGCCGACAACAAUGUCGUUUACCUGCCGGCCGAAUAUGACCACGAACGUGACCACCCCCUACUCUUUCCUGACGACAACCGCUACCACGAUGAUUCUGACGACAAUCGCUACCACUAUGACUUUGUUGACAACCGCUGCAGUCCUGAACCUGACAAUGACCGUUACCGCCUUGAUCCUACCGACAACCGCUACCACGAUGAUUCUGACGACAAUCGCUACCACGACGACUCUGAUGACAAUCGCCACCACUAUGACUUUGUUGACAACCGCUGCAGUUCUGAACCUGACAAUGACCGUUACCGCCUUGAUCCUACCGACAACCGCUACCACGAUGAUUCUGACGACAAUCGCUACCACGACGACUCUGACGACAAUCGCCACCACUAUGACUUUGUUGACAACCGCUGCAGUCCUGAACCUGACAAUGACCGUUACCGCCUUGAUCCUACCGACAACCGCUACCACGAUGACUCUCACGACAACCGCUAA